GAGCGCGAAUAAUCCACAGUCGUGCGCCGGCAGCCGACGAAGGCGAAUGCUUUGUAUGAGCGUGCGUACGUGCGUGCGUGCAUGCGUACGUGCGUGCGUCUAAAUCGCGUCUGAUUUUUUCUUACAUAUUUUUUUUCUUUUUUUUAAUUUUCUUUUCUUGAUUUUAUUUUUGUUUAUUAUCCUUAACCGUUUCGUGAAUCUUUUGUAGAGAGUGUAUUUUAAAUGUGUCGUAUUUGUUUUUUUUUUACAUUACGUCUGCUAUAUUGAAAAAAUAGACCGACGACGUCGGUCGUCGACGUUUAUCGUCAACAGUAUCAUCCUCUCGUCGUUUCUACCACCACUACAUUGAUGUAUUUUUCUACUGAGCAGAAAGAAGCAAAUUAAAGAAAGAACGUCUGAUCGGAGAAUCAAUUAGUCGGGUGCUUACGAUGACAACUAGAACGGACUCUUGACUUGAGCUCUCUUUGAAAUUACCUAAACCGCAAUCAAGGAUGUCGCUCCAUUAUCAAAUGUUUCUGGAAUUCCCAUACCGGAAGAUGACUGAAAUCAUUUUUCCAGAAUAAUAAGCAACCAUAUUAAAUGAUAAAAAUCUAUCAUGUACAACUUAAACGUGAACGUGAAUCCUAGUCCAACGGCUGCCGCGGGUCUUCUCGGUGUCGCGGCGGCCGAGGUCACUCCGAGGACACCGGAAAUCGUAAACUCUUUGAUCGCCAUGACCAAUCCCUUCGAGGACUACGCCAACGAGAAAAGCAGGGAUCGUACCGAUUCGACUAGCAGCGGUGAACCGAGUCCACCAAGUGUCCAACACACUUGCAGUCAGCUUAUCAAAGAAGGCCUGAAGUUGACGCUACAAACUAAAAGACGAGCAAAUGGAAGUGGUGACGAGGGGAAGAAGAGGACUAAAAGGGAGGAUGGUAGCGCAGACGACGAGGAGGAGGACGACGGGAGCAACAACAACAACAACAACAACCGGGGUGGAUUGACACCAGAGGACGAGGAGAGGCGACGGAGGAGACGAGAGAGGAACAAAAUAGCAGCUACCAAAUGUCGGCUGAAGAAACGAGAGAAGACGGUGAUUCUGGUCCAAGAAUCGGAGACCUUAGAAACACAAAAUCACGACCUCAAAUCACAGAUCCAGGAGUUGGAGAUGCAAAGGCGUAGGUUGGUCGAUAUGCUCAGUUUACAUGGACCAACUUGUUUGAAACAAGGUGGUGCUACAGAUACCUCUUAUCAGCAAUAUGCCGAACCAUUGCAUCUACCGAGUUACCAGGACAACUUUGUUCAACCACCACCAGCCUUGAAUCAACCUCAAAACUGUGUCACGGAUUAUCCUGUCAAAGUCGAGGAAUACGAAGGUGAUUUCUAUCGGCAGGGAAGUCCUUACGUACCAACCACUGAUUCUGGUUGCACCGUUUAGCUUUAACUUAAUCUUUACGGUUUUUCUGAGAGAUGAUUAUCAAUGAAUCUAUUUGAUCUUGAUCAAUAGUGGAAAGACUACAAUAUGCAUUCCACACACACAAAGAUAAUUAUAACGAAGAACGAUGGUUAAACUUAGUUUUGGAAUUUGUCUCAAAGGAUUUCUGUUGGUCAUAUUUCUUUAACCCUUUUAUGCAUUUAUUUAGUUGGAUUAUUUUUCAAAAAAAAAAAAAAAACAUUUUAUCGAUUAGUUGAAAUGAUAGACAAAUUUUAUAUAAUGUUAACGUGUUAUUAUCGAUGCAUUUAAGGGUUAAAAGUAAUUAAAUCGAGCAGAUUCUAAUUAAUCUUCUCUCAAUUUCGUGACAAGUCCUUAGCUCGUAAGUUUAUACAUAUUUUAUUAUCUGUGUAAAACGCGAACAAUUUUUUGUCUUUCCUUCUUUUUCUAGCUUUACAUUUUCCACUUCUCUUACACGUCUGUCUUCCCUUAUUUACAUUUCCUCUUUUCUUAUUUUGUUCUCCUUUUUUUUUAACAUGCUCGUAAUGUUCGAUAGAGAACGCUCGAAGACAUUCCUUCGUAAUAACCGUACUGUGACAUUCUUGUUUAUUGUAAUUCGUAUAAUGAACAGAUUCGCUUGUCGCAGAUACUGCUGCAUGCGUUUCUCAAACAAUCGACAAAUAUUUCUCAUUUAAUUUCUGACAAAAAAUAUUGCUUAAGUAUUUUUGUUGAUAUUGGCCUUUCAAAGGGGAUACUUAUAAUUAUUAUAAAUAUUUUAUUAAUGACAUUUAAUAUAUUAUACUUGCAGGCAUACAUACAUGCACAGUUAAUUAUUGAUGUAUAUUUUACCAUACGAUAGAUUGUUAUAUUUGUUAACAAAAUCAAAAAUAAGUGCCUAACGAUAUACCUCAGUUGUGGGUAGUUACCCUCCCUUGGUACGUUUAACAAAAACGAAUUUUUUCAUUAUUGAGAUAUAUAUAUAUGUAUAUAUACUUACAUACAGAUUAUUUGUAUACACAUCUUAAGUGUAUAUUUUUGCAAAUAUUUGGUAGUUCUGUUUGUACAAUAAAAAACGUACCUUGGGUAUAUAAAAAAAAGAGUUCUUGCAAUUAACGUAAGUUAAUGAAAUUGUUAGCGCAGAACUGUUACAAUUAAUAAGAAGUGUGCUUAAAAUAGACGAAUCAAAUGCUUCUCUUUACUAGAAUACUGCUGCCAUACAAUCAAAGUGAUCUAAGUGAUAAACAAAGUCUUCCUACGCUUCCUUUAAUUGAAGCGAAGAGAAGAUUUAUUUUUUACGUUGUGUUAUUAUGUACGGAAUUAUUACGUAUACAAAAUUUUUAUUAUCUAUAAUUUAAGAAUAUAUUUAAAUAUAAGCGAACCGAGACAGUCAGUCAUACAUAUAUGGUGCUUUAGAUAUGUUUUUUUUUUUUAAAUAUUACAUUAAAUUUUGUUAAGUUGC